AUGAGCGCCUCGAUUGGAGCCUAUAUCCGCCCUAGUCGGCUCCCAUUCACAAACGGAGAGUACAGCGAGCUGCCAACGGGUCCCAAAUUCCAGCAAAAGUCUACCGCUCGAUCAAGGAAACUAGUCAAAUGGUGUUUCCUACCGGCCUUUGGCCUCCUCUUUCUCUGGUGGUUCACCAAGGACGCGUUCAAGGCCCCGCCGACACCAGAGCCCGUCAAGGACUUGGAUCCGUUUGAAAAAUGUGAACAGGCGAUUGAAGAGGCGCACAUUCCGUCCCUGGAGGAGAUUACUUCGUUGCAGUCGGUCACCACGGCGGUCGCUGGUGCCAGCGGAGGAUCAAAACAUCCACCAGCGUGGACAGAUCCAGCGAAAUGGGCAAAGAUUAUUACGCCCGACGAGCUCAUGGAGCGCGUGGAAAAGGGAGAACACCUCGCACCACGGAUUUUGCACCAGAGUUGGAAGACGACCAUGCUCCCGGAUCGUUUUCAACGGUGGAGUAAACUGUGGCAGACGAUGCUCGAUGAGACUUGGCUAUACGUCUUGUGGACCGAUGCGGAUAACAGGAAACUUGUCCAAAAGUACUUCCCCGACUAUCUCAAGUCUUACGAUCUCCUUCCACGAGAAAUUUAUCGGGCCGACAUGGUUCGAAACAUGUACAUGCACAAAUUCGGGGGCGUCUAUGCCGACCUCGACCUUGUUCCCCUCACGCGCCUCCAAGAAAGCAUCCCCAUUCUUACACACAACACUUCGCCACCAAUCCCGAUCAUCUAUCUUGGUCACAUGGGAGACGACAAUUACGCACAUUCUAUUCCCAACGCAUUCAUGAUUUCAUCGACGCCGGGCCACCCGUUCUGGAAGAUACCGCUGGACUUUGUCAAGGAACAUCAACUUGAUGACGAGUAUAAUGCUCAGCCUGAGGGGCUCACCGGACCGGUCGCUCUUCGAACGUCUCUCCGAAAGUGGCUCAAGGAGACUGAGCAGCGAGAAGGCAACAACACAUUUGCAGAAGUCCGCGUCCUGCCAAACGAAAGGAUUUAUCCCUUUAGCUGGUACGACUCGCCUCUCUUCCACCACUGCCUAUGCCGUCCGCAUAGUCCCUUUUUCAACGAAACGAGGUGCCACUACGCCUUCCCUGAAGCGUGGACGAUCACCUACUGGACACACUCCUGGGGAUUCUAG